UCACACACCACAGGCGGCGCUAUCACUUGUUUUUUUUUUUAGCUUUGACACAAAGUGUUGAAAGUGUCCAUGUGAAGAAUAACAGCUCGGAGGUAAAAGAAAUUCGGGCUGUUUUUAGGAGAUGGACGGUGAUAAAAUUGAUGCCAAAGGUAAAGUGGGUGAUCUGGUGAUGCAGAACCCACAAGCACUGGCGGCUCUUCAGGACAGACUAGACAACUUAACACAGAGUCCUUCAGUUAUGGACAGUUUACCGUUGUCCAUCAGGAGAAGAGUCAACGCCUUAAAGAAUCUGCAAGUCAAGAGCGCACACAUAGAAGCCAAAUUUUACAAGGAGGUACACGAGCUGGAAAGAAAAUACGCUGCUCUUUAUCAGCCACUGUUCGAUAAGAGGAAAAGCAUCGUAACUGGUGCCGUGGAACCUACAGACGAGGAAUGCGAAUGGCAGAGCGAUCACGAGGACGAAGAGCUGGCGGACGAGCUACAGAAGAAAGCCUCCAUCGAAGAGAAGAAAGCCGGAGAGGAGGGAGCUGCCGAGGAGAAUCCCAAAGGAAUCCCUGAAUUCUGGCUCACGAUAUUCCGCAGCGUGGACAUGCUGAGCGAUAUGCUACAGGAAGCCGAUGAGCCGAUCCUCAAACACUUACAGGACAUCAAAGUGAUAUUUUCUGGACCCGACGAGCCGAUGAGUUUCACUUUAGAGUUUCAUUUUGAACCCAACAGCUACUUUAAAAACUCGGUCCUCACAAAAGUCUACAAGAUGAAGUCGGAACCCGAAGCCGAAGAUCCGUUUUCCUUCGAAGGCCCCGAGAUUAUCGCCUGCGAUGGAUGUGAGAUCGAAUGGCACAAAGGGAAAGACGUUACCGUCAAAACCAUCAAGAAGAAACAGAAGCACAAGGGCAGGGGUAUCGUGAGGACGGUCACUAAACAAGUGCCCACCGACUCCUUUUUUAACUUUUUUAACCCAAUUAAAGUUUCCCCAGAUAGUGAAUUAGAUGAGGACUCUGAAAUUACUCUAGCCACAGAUUUUGAAAUCGGCCAUUUCUUCAGAGAGAGAAUAGUCCCCAGAGCUGUGCUGUACUUCACCGGAGAGGCGCUGGAGGACGACGAGAGCUUUGAAGAAGAGGAGCUCGACGAAGGUGAAGAAGAGGAUCAGGAGGAUGAUAUGGAAGAAGAUGAGGAGGAGGGAGAUACAAAGGCAUAAGUCAUUUGUCACUUCAUGCAUUUCUAGAGCAGAGAAACUCAACCUUCAGAGUGCAAGCAACAGUAACAGACUAGCGCCACUGCUGUGAGUCCGUUUCCUGCCCCGAACUCGGCACAACGGUCAUCCUAACCAACCUGCAAACGUCAACAGAUUAACAUUGUGCAUGUUUGUUUUUGUUUUUGUUUUUUUUGUUUUGUUUUUCAAAAAACCCGAUACCAAAAAAUUUGGUAGAAUAAAACAACAAAAUUUUGUUCAUAACUGUGGAUUAUUACAUUCUGAGCAAACUGCCAAUUCAUUUUUGUUCUAAAAUCCUUACAAUUUUUGUUUUUGUUUUCGUUCUUAAUCCAUACACACGUUCUCCCUCGUAUUUGGAAAGUUGGAGUGGCAUUAAUUCCAAAGUUAAUAGAUUUAACCUUUUUGACUUGAUAGUUUACUCAGGGUUUUUUUUUUAUGCUGAGAAAACAUGCACACGCUCCGUUGUGAAACCGAUAAGAAACCGAACCCGUUUCGUUCUUUUCUUUUCGUUUUCUUUCGUUUGUCUUAGGUUCUUCUCAUUAUUAUUAUCUCUCAAACAUUUUUUUAGAUUUAUUUCAAAUUACUCUGAAGUUAUUUAUAUAAACAUUGUUUUUUUUUAAUGGUGUUAAAAUACACAUGGUUCCUGUCUCCCAGCUGGAUUUCAGAGAGUGGAAGAGCUUUCUCUGUCCUUUGUCCCUACCUUUAACGACGAUGUUGUUGCUUUUCUGCCCCGAGCGCUUACUAAAGAAUUAAAUAUCAAUAUUGCCAAAAAAA